CGGAGCUCUGCUUCCCUUUACAAUUCCAACCGAUUACUUCCUCUCCUCUCUUAUAUAUAUCCCCUGGCCUCCCCUUAAUUAAACCCUCGAUAAUCAUCGAAUUUUCCUGUUGCAUUGCUUUUGAUCUUGAUUUCUAUGGAUGUAACCAGCAUAUCAAAUCGAAAAGAAAUGGAUCGGAUCAAAGGGCCAUGGAGCGCCAGCGAAGAUAACUUGCUUCAAGAACUGGUCCAAAAGCACAGACCCAGAAACUGGUCUUUGAUCAGCAAAUCAAUCCCGGGUCGAUCCGGAAAAUCAUGUCGUCUCCGAUGGUGCAACCAACUGUCACCUCAAGUUCAGCACCGUGCCUUCACCGCCGAAGAAGACGAGGCCAUCAUUCGUGCGCAUGCCAGGUUCGGUAACAAGUGGGCAACCAUAGCUCGACUCCUCAACGGCCGAACCGACAACGCCAUUAAAAACCACUGGAACUCGACGCUAAAACGUAAGUUCUUGUCGGUUGGGGAAGAGAUUAAAUAUAUCAGUAACGAUGGGCAUGAUGGUAAUUUGGAAGGGGAAGAGCGACAGCCGUUGAAAAGAGCGUUGAGUGCUGGGCAGUAUAGGAGCCCGGGAAGUCCAUCAGGAUCCGGUGUGAGCGAUUCCUGUGUUCCCGAUUUCUCAUCUUCGCCAUUGUACAAGCCCAUCGAAAGGACGACCGGAGGGGUUAAGAUUGAUUUUGACGUGAACGCUAUACCAGCUGGGUUCGAAGCGGCGGCGUCUUGCAACGAUCCACCGACCUCGCUGAGCCUGUCAUUAACGGGGGCCGAGUCACGCGAGGUGUCAACACACCCAGUCACCGAGUCAACUCAGAAGAUAAACGAAGGGAAAGAUGAAGAAAGGGAAGGUGAAGUGAGGAGAUUCAGAACGGAGUUUAUGGCGGUGGUUCAAGAGAUGAUAAGGGUGGAGGUGAGGAAUUACAUGGUGCAGGUGCAACAGCAAAACGGUGCGGUGGAAUGGGAUGUGUUUGAGUGACGGAUUUAGGAAGGUGGGUUUGGUCCGAGUGGGGGGCUGAGUCAGACUCAGAUCGAGUAAAUUCCUUUCGGAAGUGAUGGAAAAAUUCUACUUAGGGGUGUUUGGACGGGGAAUGUAGGAUUUCUAUGGGAAUAAAAUUCAUAUUUUUUGUUUGGUUAGUCUGGAAAUAUCAUUUUCGGUAAUGUAAGAUUAUCAAUAGUGGAUUUU